AUGAUGGACAAAGCUUCCUAUGCAGGCAAAUCUCGCAGUGUUCACCCUUGCACAUCAAGUGCCAAGCUGGAGAAGACUGCAAUGGCUGCAUCUGGUUGCACGCCUCUCAUCGACAGCCCUUUGUCUUUCUACGAUGACUACCGGGUCAUCAGCGGCCUUCCUGUCACCCUCCUGGAGCUGCCUGGAAACACGACGCAACCGGUGGACGAUACAGAGGCACUAAGCACGGCAAGGGACAGCCAUGCUGACUAUGCUGAUGAUGACUAUGAGGAAUCCAGGGGAUUGUCGAUGAACAAGGUCCUUGCCUGGCCCACUGAGAAUGAUCCAGCAGCGAUCAUGUGCUCAGCGUUCUCCAGCGAUGGCACAAGGAUCGUGACAGGGUUUAGGUGUGGGUCAUUGUGUGUGUGGGAUGCGCAACUUGGCAACCUCAUUGCGGCAGUGACAGAUGAGGGACACUCAGACUCGGUCAUCUCCUGCAGCUUCAUGGAAGAGUCAAAUACAGUCGUGGUGUCCAUAGAUAAGUCGUUUGUGUGCCUUCGAUGGGACAUCGAGAAUGAACAAGCGCCCAUCAAGAGUGAAUGUGUGAGGGACCACUGUGCUGCGGGGCACAUCGACGUCGAAGAUUCCUAUGCCACAAUCGUGCAAGGCGGGGCACUGAUGGGCGUCAUGUGGAACACACACUGGCAUUACCAUCUCAUCAGCGAGCAGAAGAGCAUGAGCAGUACCAAGAAGAUUCAGAAACCAGUGGCUGUCAAGCAAGAGAACCUGCGCACAGCGUUUCUUGAUGUCUUCACAAUGUCUGGCCUUGAUGAGGAUGAGGACUGGCCUGAACAGCGAGUCAGGCUCACUGUGGUUUGGAAGCCGGGCCAGCCAAGUGCCCUGCGUGGGGUUGAGUUUUCAGACAGCGGCAAGGGGGCACUGGCAGGGGUGUAUGGUGAGAAGCGCAGCGUGCCCGGCAGUAUGGUGCUGUGGCCAAACUGGAACAUUCCAACAAAGAGCUUUCUGUUGAGCGGCUCGAUGGGCAGCUGGUCUCCAGAUGGGGCGCUGGUUGUCACAUGGGACCCCUUUUUGCAGGCAGAGAAGGGUGCACCAGAGAAGUACACUGGGCGUUGCUUCGUGUGGAAAGUCAGGGCUCUUGAGGCUCAGACGCAGAUCACGCAAGACAGCCAGAAAGAAGAUGGGCAGAGAGCUGGGCACCCGCUGGUUGAACUUUUCCCUGGGCACCCGGAGUGGAGUCCACGAUAUCGGCCCAGCCUAAGAGAAGGUGGGAGCUACACCAUGGUGGGCAGUGCGGAUGAUGACAAGCGCGUGCUGUGGGCCCGUUUCAUCGAUGCUUCAAGGGUCGCUGUUUGCAGUGUUGGUGUGGACGUCGAAGUAGUUAUCUGGGAUGUGGACAGCGCAGGGACGCCGGGCUGCACAGUGAGUUUGGGUGUCCGGCCAAAAAUGGGACUCAGUUUGUGGGGUGACAAAGUGGCAGAGGGGUUUCAGGGAGUGGCGAUGUCACCCAAUCGGCAUUGGUUGGCACUGUAUGUGGGCACAGCAAACAAGGGGUAUGUCGUUGACCUUGCACAGGGCCUGAAGGUAGUAGAUAUAACCCUACCAAAGGAUCUGGCUGAGCAGCGUUUCAUAGUCUUUGGGGGCAGGGACUGCAGAUUUGCCAUGUUUGGGACGAGGAACAAGAAUGGGCUGGUGUGGAACUCCGAGUCUCUGACGGCCGCCCUGCACAGGCAGAGUUCCAUGGCUGUGUUCACGUUGCCCCAAGAGGUGGCCAACAGUCAGUCUUCAAAGCCUUUGAAGUCGUUGCAAAUGAACAAAGCGAACAUGAUGAAGAAGGGGAGCCAGUCUGUGCCACAGCCCGGUGGCCCCAUCAUCGAACUUGGAUUUUCUCCUGACGAAAACAGACUGGCAGUCAUCAGGAAACAUGUGUCUGCAAUGUAUGUGCUAGAUUUCAAGAGUGGCGAUACGAUUUGCCUGGCAGAAACAGGGGUGCCGAGGUCCCAGUUUCGACUGUUUGCAUUCUCACAGGACAGCAAACGAUUGGCAACAGUCAUGUUCGACAGGAGAGUGCUGAUUUGGGACUUGUUUGUGGAUGUUGCGGUGCCCAGCGGAAUUUUCAGCCGGAAGGCGGAACUUGGAGUUCUCAAAUCUGCCUCGCCAGAUCCUGCCAAGGGGAUGGUUUUCUCUCGUGAUGAGCAGGGCAAUGAAACUGUGGUGGUCUGUGAAGACAAUGGGUCCCUGGUAUGGCUGGACACACAGAAAUGUUUGGAAGUUGCCCGGUUUGAGAUGGUUGGGCCCAAAUACUGCAGAGCCUGCAUGUUCAAGCCGGAUGGGUCCAUGGCUGCCAUUAUUCCAGGGGACAAGGAUGUGGUUAUAGUGAUCGACCUGAUCGACAGGUCGAAGCAGUCGCGGAUCUCUUCGUUUGAUUGCCCCCCAGAUGGUUUGGCGCCGUACCCGAGUAACAUUGCACACGAUGGGAGUUUUGCUGUCGUUGGGUGGGAUGCAAAGUCGAUGAAGCCAGUGCUGCAGUGGCCAGAGGCUGGCAAAUGCAGCACGGAAGGCCUGCACAGAGUGGCAGAACACAUGGCGAUAUCUGGUGACAACUCGUGGAUGGUGGUUGACGAUGUGCCAACAUGCUUUGAUGGCGAUUUUCCACAGCACUGGCAGAUGGACAACCCGAAUCUGCGAAAGACAAAGCUGGUGAUAAUGCGGCUGUUUGGGGCUGGUGAGCGCAAGGGCUUGGAGACCCGUGCUGUGAGAUGUCCAGAGAAGAUCGCUAUUUCCCCCCAUGGCAGACGCGUCGCAUGUGCUGGCGAUGGGACGAGGGUUGUGAUUUGGACCCCAUAUGCCAGGAAGGGCUGCAUUCCAGAGUACCAUUCCCUCUGCUGUGGAGAUUUCUUGCGCAGGGAGAAGAGCAUAGCCAGCAUUCUCAGGAAGCAUGGCCCCAGCGUGCUGAACGUCCCAGAUGCCAAUGGCAUGUCUUUCUUCAUGCAUGCUAUUGUGGACAAGAAUGUUGAGUUCGUCAGAGCUGCCUUGGACUAUGCAGAAGAGCAACACACUCUGGUGUCCCUGACACUGAACCCUGAUGAGGUGGCCGGCAUACCAAUCAGGAGUGCCUUGGAAAUCGCCUUCGAACAACACUCCACAGAAAUCGCAAAAAUGGUGAUCAGGACGAUGACUUCACGUGUGCUGUCUAGCACGGCGAUGGCCAAGUUUCUGCACAAGUACUUGGUCCCCCUCGGCCGAGCCAUGCCAUCCCUUGUGGUGGACGCAAUCACUGCCGAUGGCAUGCCAACGGCCAUCGGUGUGCUGCACGUUCCGGAAGAUGUGUUCCAGCACAGCUCCUCUGUGGUGGCGACUUCCAACGUGUUUUCCACCCCUGUGCACUCCCUUCAGCACCUCUGGGGCCACCUCCACAAGCCCACAGAGCUGACCGCUGGGAAGUUCGAGGUCCCGACCGUUGCCAAGGUUUUUCCAUACCCCGACUGCUGCCAGGUUGGGAUGCGGGGCCUGCUGAGGCCCCUCCUCGUGUCAAAGACGAUCCCGGACAAGGUUUUUGAUUCCAAGCUGGUGCACGCCGUCGUGCAGUACAAGUGGCAGACAUAUGCCCACAGGCUCUUCACCCGGGAGUUGUGCAUCUAUUUGGUGUAUGUGUUGCUGUUCACUAUCUACACCAUCCUGCUGGGGCACAAGAAUAGGGAGCCCGAGGGCUUUGGCGACGUGAUCGGGGAUGCCAAUGGGGGCUUCCAGGCGAUCUGUGUGCUGCUGUGUUCUGGCUUGGGUUUCACAAACCUGUUUUGGAAAGUGAAUCAGAUAUACACGCUGUUGUUGGACGGACAGCGACAUGGGUUCAGUGGCCUGUGGUACUGGUUCUCUUCAGGCUGGAACGUCCUAGACCUCUUGUCAUCCAUGGUGACAGCGCUUGUGCUUCCGGCCGUGCACUUUGCCGCUACAUAUGAGAAACUGGGCGAGGGGGAGUCGUGGCUUGCUGCCAUCACCCUGCUGGUGUUGUGGUGCAGGAUGCUGUACUUUGCACAGGCCUGCAGGGGCAUCGGCCCCGUGGUGAUCAUGAUUUUCGAGGUCCUGAAGGACCUAGUCAUUUACAUGGGGUUGCUUGCGGCCCUAGUGUUUGGCUUUGCCACGACAUUCUUCAUCUCGUUCCGGCACGAUGUGAGCAAUGAGGAGAUCUGGGAGUCGUUUGGGACAUUCAGCAGAUCCCUACUGACAACCUUUGGAAUGAUGUUGGGAGAGUUUAACAUGCCCAUUUUCUACGAGACGCCAUCUUAUGUCAUCACUUUGACGAUAUUCGUGGUGUACAUGACGACCAUGAUUAUCGUGUUGCUCAACUUGCUCAUCGCCUUGAUGACCGAUACCCAUGACAGGGUAAAGGGCCAUCAGGAGGUAUCCUCCAUGAAGGCCAGGGCCGCUGUCAUCGACGGUAUCGAGAGCAGCCUGUCUUCAUGCCUUGGGACGAAGGCAAAGAUCGAGUGCCAGAUUUCACGCUUCCUGCAUGUCAUAGAACCACAGGAAGGGAGUAUCGAGCUCGAGAAUAAACACACGCAUUGGUCGGGAAGAAUCGCGGAGCUGGAGCAGCGGUUCAAGCGAGCCCUCGACGAGAAGUGUGGUGACAUGGCCGCUACGAUGAAGGAGAUCAAAAACGACAUUGGGGGCGUAGACGACAUGGUGAGGCGGCAGCUCGCAGAAGCUGUGACUGUCCUGCAGGAGAGGAUUGAACAACGCGAUGUUGAACGUAAUCUUAAGUGA